UAUGGACAAGAUCCAGAGGAAACAGAAGGUUAAAGAAGUCAAGAAGGCAUCGACGAGGUUGGAGGAAGAGACAAAGGAGAAGGAAGCUCAGCUAGAGCAGCUGAAGAAGAUGAUGAAUCUUGAACGGCAGAGGAAGGAGGAGAUGAAGGUUACGAAGGAUGGGUCUAGGUGGAGAACGGGGAAUAAGACGACGAAGAUUAAGGGGUAUGGCAAAGCGGUGCUUGAUCAGCAUAAGAAGGAACUGCACAGAGCAAAGAAGAGGAUAUUGAAGAAUAAUGCAGCAGGGACUUUGAAUGCGCAGGAGGAGAGAAGAGGGUCGAAACCUCCAACUGCUCAAUCGAAUUCGAAACCACCAACUGCACAAUCUAGGUCUAAGCCACAGGAAGAGACAGUGCCUGAUGGGGAGUUCCCAGAGGUUGAAGAGUUUUUAGAGAGUGUAAAGCUUAAGAAAUAUGUUAAGAAGUUUGUUGAUAACGGUUUUGAGGAUCUAGAGACUAUUCUAGAGCUUAAUGAAGAGUAUCUAGAAACUAUAGGAAUUCCUCUUGGCCAUAAGCUUAAAAUAAUGAAAAGGAUUAAGGAUAUUAAUAGCCAAAAGCAAACCGAUUUUAAUAUUUCUAAUACCCAAGUUGAAGAGCAGUGAUCAGAGCCUAUGGUAGAAGUUGGGGCAGAGCCAAAGGUGCCACAGAACAGAGGCUGGACAACAACAGCUAAUCAAGACUCUGCUGUGAAUACAAUGGAGACAGGGGAUAAUUUACCUGAUAACUGUGGGUUUGAAACUUCUUCUCACCCUCAAGUCCAGACGACUGGAGUGUCUGUCGAGACACAGAAGACUUCUGCAAAGGAAGAUGUGCCGAGCCAAGUGAAUUCCAGUACAACUAUUGAUACUUCAAAAGUAAAGUCUGUCAGAAUGGAAGAACUUAAGAUGCAAACUGAGAAACCUACUACACAAGAAAUGAAUACUGAUACAGGGAUGGACCCCAUGCUCGGAGGUUCCAAGAUUGGUAAGAAAGAAAGCUGUUGGCAAUGAUAUAAGCUAGAGAUAGAGAGUGACAUGCUCUCGAUACCAGAAGUACCAAAGAAACUAUUUUGCAGUCACAAAUGCCUCGGUAAAUUCAAAAUUGAGAAUUUCGUUAAAUGCUCUAUGGAUGGAUGAAAUAAUCGCUUUCCAAAAAUUAGAGGUGGAACAUUAGUUGGAAGCCAAUGGUAUUGUAACCAAGAAUGAGCACAGAAGGAUAACCCUGAAGUCGAUGAAAUCGUCGAAGAUGAGAAAGAGCCCGAAGAAGUACCCCAGACUGGUGCUGAAGAAUAA